GAGCUCUGUGACGCUAAGGUUGCGGUUCUACGGUUUCCAAGGUGAUUGCCGGGCCUUGUUUUCCACCUUGGACUGUGAUGGACAGGGCUCUGUUUCCUUGAAUGAAGUGGCCUUUUUGGAUCUUUGGGAAUCUGCUCCACCGUCUACGCCGCUGCGGAAGGAACGCGAGAAGCGUCAAUCCUCCAUGCGUCAGUCGAUGAGGAUGUCAAAGGCACAAGUGGCACAACCGGUGAAAAAAAUGAAGCCGCCUCGGAUUUCUCCACGUUUGGAGCAGUUGGCACGAAGUCGACAUCGACCACUCCAUCGACUUCCUUUGCUGUCUAAUGUUGCGUCCAAGUCGACCUUAAACAGUUUUACCACGGUGGACUCUAAGAUAUCCAAAGCCUCUGAGGCAAAACUCUUGAAAUCCGUCUAUGGCAGGUUUUCUCGUACGGACGGUUUCUUUGGCGACUUGGGUGACCAUGGUGACUUGGGUGGAUUCAGCAAAACAGCCUGGAGGAAUUUUCGUGUGAAGGUGAUGAAAGAAGAGAUUCUUUCGAGUCAAAUCAACAAAGACUGUUCCGAACCCGAUGCUGUGAACAUGAUGAACGCGGACUUCUUCAAAGUGAAGAAGAAAACUGUCGCUUUGAGGCUUCGAACUAUGGAGCUUCUUAGCAAAGAUGCAGAUGGCACUGGCGAUCCUGGUAGCCCUACGCGCAAGAUAAUGUUCCAAUCCAGUUCCGCCGACUCACUAUAGAAUCACCUUAGAACUCCUUGGAUCCUUAGGAUCGUUUCACAGACAUCCCAAAGAUGUGGAUGCUAAAACUCCGGAAUUUUGAAAAGAAAAAGGAAUUAGACAUCAUGCAGAAUCAUUGCUUGUGCAUGUGUCUGGAAUUGGGUAUGUUGCUUUCGUUUGAUGCACCAAAACUAUCCAAAACCAGCUCUGAACCAAAGCCUGGACGGUUUAGAAC